AUGUCUACUCUGAAUUUUGUUACCUAUGAAGAACUGAUAGGGAUUUUUCAAUCUGAAAACAAUCAAAUAUAGUUUAAGAAAGAGUAUGUUAAGGAAUGGUAAGAGUCAGAGAUUAUAAAAUUCAAAAGAUUCAUGAGAAGAAAUAAAAAAAUCAAAAAAGACAAAGUAUUCUUCCAAUAUUAAUCCUAAUUCAUUCAAACAAAAAGUUAUUAGCAAUGUAGAAAAUUUUUAAGAGAUUAUAUACGAAAUGUGUUGGCUAAACAUAGAUAUGAAGUACUUAAAAAUCAUGAAAUACUUUACUGCUUUGGACCUCUACAUCCAAAUUUUGAAGUUGUUGAGACAGAUAACAAUAUAAAAUUGAGGAGAAUAAAACCAAAUUCAGUUGAUUAAAACAAUAAAGAUGAAGAUAAAGCCUCAAUAACAUCUUCAUAAUGA